AUGAACAUGUUGACGUAUGGUAUUUCCUUCUUGUUUUUGUUACUAGGUUCAAGUUUACUAGUUGCAGCCCAAGAUGCAACAGAGGAUGAAGAAGCAGUGGAAGAUACAGUAGUUGAAGAUGAAGAUGAUGAAGCUGAAGUUGAAGAAGAUGAACCCACAGACUUGACAGAAGAAAAAGAGGAAGAAGACUUAUCAGGAGAACCUAAAGCUUCACCUAGUGCUGAUACAACUAUUUUGUUUGUGAAAGGUGAAGACUUUCCAGCAAACAACAUUGUAAAGUUCCUGGUAGGCUUCACCAACAAGGGCACAGAGGAUUUUAUUGUUGAAUCUCUUGAUGCCUCUUUUCGGUACCCUCAGGACUACCAGUUUUUCAUUCAGAAUUUCACAGCUCUGCCUCUGAACACAGUGAUCCCACCACAAAGACAGGCCACAUUUGAGUACUCAUUCAUCCCUGCGGAGCCUAUGGGUGGUCGUCCCUUUGGACUAGUUAUAAAUCUGAACUACAAAGACUUAAGCGGCAAUGUGUUCCAAGAUGCUGUCUUCAAUCAAACUGUUACAAUUAUUGAAAAAGAAGAUGGAUUGGAUGGAGAAACAAUCUUCAUGUACGUGUUCCUGGCUGGACUCGGCCUACUUGUCAUUGUAGGUCUUCAUCAACUGCUAGAAUCUAGGAAAAGAAAGAGACCAGCACAGAAAGUAGAGAUGGGUACAUCAAAUCAAAAUGACGUUGACAUGAGCUGGAUUCCUCAAGAAACUUUAAAUCAGAUCCGGCAGAGUAGAAAAGAUAAAGCUUCACCAAGACGGUUGCCCCGCAAAAGGGUACAGAAGAGAUCAGUGGGAUCUGAUGAGUAAAUGUUAAAACAGUUUAGCCUUUACUAAUCUUUUCCCCUGCCCCCCCCUCCUUUUUCUGGAUUGGAGUAGUGCACAGAAACCAUAUCAACAUGAGGAAAAUACUACUCGCUAUUUGGACUGACAAGUUUAUCUGACAAUAACAUUGCUGAAAAUGUACUUCUCGUCCCUUUUUUAAGAUAACAAAAUUGCUUUUGGGGAAGUGGGAGGAGAAAUAAGUUAAUGAUUAAGAUUUGUGUGUAUAAACAAUUGAUCUUUACAGAAUCAUUGUGGUACCUGAAAUGUGCCUUUAGAGUCCUAUAUAAUGCUGGCUUGUCAUCUGCAUACCUUUCUAAAGUUUUUUUUUUUUUUCCAGAAAUCAAAUGUGUAGCUGCCUAAUCUAUUCUGAUUGUAUCCUGUUUGUAUAAGAAUCUUCAUGCAUUUUUAUUAUGUAGUAUCAUAAAGCUAUGAACUUCAUUUUUUGCUGCCCACUUAGCUUAGCUACUUAAGAUUUUUUGUUUGUUCCUGUUUCAGUGAUGAUCCACUGAUUAUAUGAACUUUUAAUGUAGCUAGUAUUCUAAAGGCACAGCCAGGUGUAACUCCUUUUAGCAGUAUAGAACAUUUUUUUUUGCUGCUGUUUGAUAUAAUGCGCACACUGUGAGACCUAAGAAUCCAAAUGUAUUUGUAUAAAAGUUAGAGGAAUUUUUACAGCGGCAAAACUUGUGAAGCAUGGAAUGGUAUGUAAUCUAUAUAAAAGAUUCUUUUUACAAAAAACCCCACCCUGUUACAUUUGUUUAAAUUGUUAACUUAUUGACUUGUGCCAACAAUUCUGAUAUUCUGAACCAUAGAGGUGACUUCGGAAUGCUUGCUCAAAUAAUUAAUAGGUCCCAAUUGGUGUUCAGUGACUUCCCCAUGCUUACAAAAACCUAAAAAUCAGAUAGCAAAAUGUAUUGAGUUUCUGAAAUUAUAUUUGAUGCAAAAGAUGACUGUCUUAUAAAACUAUUAGGCAGAGACUAUUUAAUGUACAGUAGAGACUUUUUGUAAUCCAAUUUUAAUUUCAAAUAUAGCCUGCAGGUGUACAAAGCUGAGUUCUUAACUGGCAGUAAAAAGAAAUUAACUUUGACCCUUUAUUUUGUGGCAUUGUGUGAAGUACUCAAAUUUUGUUGUGUAAAUACUUUUUUUUUUUUUUUUUUUUGUAUU